AUACCCCACGGGGGGUGAGACGGUCAGCAAGCUGCUGAAGGACCUAGCAGAUGCCAGGCCCAGGGUAGCAGAAAACGCCGCCCCCAGUGUGACCCCAGCCAGGCCUUGGGCAGGUCUCUCCUCCUCCCCAAGCCUCACUUCCCUCCCAAGACAGCUGUGCGGAUGGAGUGAGGCCCCCAGCCCCAUGCUCUGCCAGGGCCAGGCCCAGAGGGGUGGGACACAGGCCUACAGUACAGCAGAGAGGCCCAGUACAGCGUGGAGUGUGAGAUGCUGGAGGCCGGUCACCUGCCGGUGUGGGAGUGGAGAGCAGAGUCCAGGAAGGCUUCCUGAAGGAGAGCGCUGACUCGGCUGCCCGGAUCACGGCAGGAUGGAAGAGAAGCUGAAGAAAACCAAGAUCAUCUUUGUGGUGGGCGGGCCCGGUUCGGGGAAGGGCACCCAGUGCGAGAAGAUUGUCCAGAAGUACGGCUACACCCACCUCUCCACCGGAGACCUCCUGCGGGCCGAGGUCAGCUCGGGCUCAGCUAGGGGCAAGAUGCUGUCAGAAAUCAUGGAGAAGGGGCAGCUGGUGCCACUGGAGACAGUGCUGGACAUGCUCCGGGAUGCCAUGGUGGCCAAAGUAGAUACUUCCAAAGGCUUCUUGAUUGACGGCUACCCCCGGGAGGUGCAGCAGGGGGAGGAGUUUGAGCGGAGGAUCGCACAGCCCACGCUACUGCUGUAUGUGGACGCCGGCCCUGAGACCAUGACCAAGCGGCUCCUGAAGCGCGGAGAGACCAGCGGGCGUGUGGACGACAACGAAGAGACCAUCAAGAAGCGUCUGGAAACCUACUACAAGGCCACAGAGCCCGUCAUCGCCUUCUACGAGAAACGCGGCAUUGUUCGCAAGGUCAACGCCGAAGGCUCUGUGGACAGUGUCUUCUCCCAGGUCUGCACCCACCUGGACGCCCUCAAGUAGCCAAGCUGGAGCCCCCUCCCCAGCGAGAGCCCCGCCCCACCCUCCUCCUGACUCGAGGCCUUGCCGGCCUGAGCUCAGCGCCUCCACCCUGCCCGGCUGAGCACAGGCAGAGGAAGCCACUUUAUCCUGUUUUCAUGGACAGCCAAGCACUAAAGGAGUUUCCAAGGACA